UCGUCCGUAUCGAUGAACCGUCGAGAGAGUUAAUUGGUAUCGCGCGUCGUUGAAGUUUUUUCUUCCCUCAACCGCGUCUUCCGUUCCGCUGCGAUCUGUUUCGCGGGCGGUAAAAUUCGUUCGAUUGUUCAAUCACGUAAAGAUCGAUCGCGGGGUGUAAAGUGACGUGAACUAAUUUGCACACGACAGUGUUUGCUCGCGAAAUUCUCGCGCGCCUCAGCACUCAGGCGAGCGAAACGCCUGUGGUGGGAUGUGAAUUCAAGAGAAAAAAAUUAUAUAACGAAAAUUCGCUGACAAUUGAAGAAAUUUGAAACGAAAACCGAACGAAAGUGAAAAAACGCGCGGAUGUUGUCUCGCGAGAAUGUCCCGUCGAAUGUUGAAAAGAAAUACAAGAUAUAUACAUAGGACAACUAGAUGUCAAUAAAAAAAGAGGAGAAAUUUUCAUUUUUUUCUUCAAAACACAAGGUUUUCCCUCGGGAAAGUUCAAUCUCCUUGUUAGAGUUUAAGAAUUUUAUCAUCCGGACGCUACACUAGAGUAUGUGACCCUCGAGUGUGUGUUGUCCGACUUUUUUUAACAAUAAAAAACUUUAGCGAAGACUGUGCGCGCGCGCGCGCGCGUGUGUGUGUGCGUGUGUGUGUGUUCGUUUCCGCGGAAAGACACCAUGUUGGAAUUCUAUCCUCCGGCGUCUGGUUCUUUCACUCGACAGAGUGAACCGGGCCAACCCCUGCCGACGGUUCCACCUAUUCCUUUUCGGCCUGCGACCGAUAAUAAUAAUGCAGAGCCGCCCGUCGCGGUGAAGACGGAGUCCGGCCUCCUGGAGACGAUCUGCGCCGGCUGCGGCCGCACCAUCGCCGACAAGUACAUGAUGAGAGUCGCCGAGAGGAACUACCACGAGGAGUGCCUCUCGUGCACGGCAUGCGGCGCGAUGCUCUCGCACUCGUGUUUCAUACGCGACCUCAAACCGUACUGUCGCACCGACUACGAGAGGAUCUUCGGGGUGAAGUGCGCGCGAUGCCUGGAGAAGAUCAGCUGCUCGGACCUGGUGAUGCGACCCGUGUCCGGACUGGUCUUUCACGUGGAGUGUUUCGCGUGCUGCAUGUGCGGCCAGCCGUUGCCGAGGGGCGCGCAUUAUAUUCUCAGGCAGGGCCAGCCGAUCUGCAGACGAGACUUCGAGCACGAGUUGUUUUUAAAUAGCCCGCAGGAUGACGACUUGAUGGACGAGAAUCGGCCGCGGGACGGCCGUCGGGGUCCGAAGCGACCGCGGACGAUUCUCACGUCGGCGCAGCGCCGUCAGUUCAAAGCGUCCUUUGAGGUGUCGCCGAAGCCGUGCAGAAAAGUGCGAGAGGCCCUCGCGAAAGACACCGGCCUGAGCGUGCGCGUGGUGCAGGUCUGGUUUCAGAAUCAGCGUGCGAAGAUGAAGAAGCUGCAGAGAAAAGCCAAGACCGAACCGGGUUCCGACAAGGAGCCGAAGGAGGAGCGACGGGCGGAAAGUCCGCACAGCGAUCACAGUCAUUACUUGAACGCCCUGAACAUGCGCGAUGGGGAAUCUUCUAGCUUCCCCUCAGCCACUCAACCGCUCAACCCCAAUAACCCGUACUCGCCCGACGACGCGUAUCCGGGACACUCGGGGGAGAGUUUCUGCAGCACCGACCUGUCCCUGGACGGCACGGACGGCGGCUUCGACAUCGGCGAGAAUGACGGCGGUGGCGCGGACGGCAGCCAUCAGGGCGCCUCGCAUUCCCAUCACGGCUCGUCAUCGCACGACACCCCGUCACUGUCGCAGAGCCUGCACGCGGCCAUGCACAAUCCCAUCGACAAACUGUUCAUGAUGCAGAAUAGUUACUUCAGCGGUGAUCACGCGUAAUCCCGAGUUCUCCCACUUCUCUCUCCUAUCCUCGACACAAUUCGUCGCUUUUUUCGUUUUUCGUUUUCUCCCUGUAAUCGCCCAUCUUUCGCUCCCUCCGAUCUCUUUCCCAUUUAUUCGAUCUGUUAUUUCCGAAGAAACGUUUCAGACGUUUUUUUUCGUCCUCUCGCGUUAUUUUUUUAUUUAACCCACUUUUCGGCCAAACUUUGUGAGGAGGGUACACAGUGUUUUUCUUCGUUUAGACGGUUUAAAAAUAAUAUUCCCCGACCUCUGUUCGGAAUUCGUCGGAAUAUCUUUCAACGUAAAAAAAGAAAGAGAGAAAAAUUGAAAUGUCAAAAGUUCUUGAAAAAUAUUUGCUAUCCUU